AGAUGAUAUUUUUUUUUUGUUUGACAGAUAAGCUUCUUUAUACUUUUCAGUCUUAUAAUAAAUUAUUUAAAAAAUGUUAUACUCUGAGUUUGUUCUGGUUUUCAACAGACUUCGAUAAGCUUCUUUGUACGUUUCAGUUUAGUUCAUCGAUCAGCGCGAUGCGGUUGUUUUCUGAGAUGCCUCUCGCAUUUUGGUGUUGCCUUUCCAUAACCCUAAGCUCCGUCCUGGCAAUAAUUAUUCCGGAACACAAUUGCAAUGAUUAUUUUACAUAUAGCCCCGUUCACUAUGGAGAAUCGUAUAUUGGCGUAUUUACUGCGCCCAAGACAAAUUCUACCGAGAAAUUCUACUGGGAGGCAUAUUUCAAUGCCCACGGUCGAGCGGAUCAAGUCGACGACCUCAAACCGUAUCCCAACAACAUUGAGAGCUUCAUCAAUGUGAAGAGGGGAAAUCCACCCCAAAUGUACGUGGAUUUUAUGAACAUCACCAAUGAACUGCCUUUGCUGAUCGAAUUCAAACUCAACGGAGAGACUCUCUGCUCCAACCCGAAGUGUAAGUGAUAUAGUAAUAGAGCUACAUUAUAUACUCGUGUGAUGAUUACUAGGGAAUACUUAAUCCUCCCGCAGAUCCAAUUCCCAGGACAAUAACGCGUGUAGCUCGUUCCAUGGACAUCUCAGACAUACUCAAAUCCCCAAAUGUGGUAUAUAAAAUGCCGUGAUGAAGAGCAAAAUGUAUAACGAAUACGAAUCAAUCGAGACCGGAUCCCUUAAACUUGUGUAUAAUGGACAUUGCCGUGUGAUAUAGCUAGUUCGAUUUAACUAAUAUACAUAAAUCAAUUACAUUUUUAGCAUCAAUCAUUUAAAUAAAAUAAUUUUUCGUUUCCAUAGAACUUUAAUGAGCAAGCACAAAUAAAGAAAUAAAUUAACUGGAAA